GUAGUAAGUCUAGUCUUGAUAUUAUAGUAGCCAUCGCGCGAUUAACUUCUGGAGCUGUUCCGGGAACUAACGAAUCAUUUAAAAGAAAUACAUAGACUGGCGUAUGGACUAUCCUUAACUGGUUCGCUACACUCUGAGAGAAUAUCCUCUGUCUGCGCAUUGACAGAGAGCAGCCUGAGAUCUCGUUCUUCUCUCUGGCAUAGGUGAAGCAAAACAAACAAAGUUGGAAUAGCGUUGGUUUGUUGUGACUACCGCACGUUGUGAUAUAUUUGUUGCAGCUUUCAGCAAAAUGGUGAAUUCGUCGUCGAACGUGACUGUGUCGAAUAUUCUGAAGAACAAGAGUUCUUCGGAGGAUGAACCUCGCAAGAAGAGUCGAGAAGAAUGGCGAAAAGCCAAGGAACUCGAAGAGGCCAGAAAAGCGGGCACGGCUCCGGCUGCCGUGGACGAGGAGGGCAAGGAUAUAAAUCCUCACAUUCCUCAAUACAUCAGCUCGGCGCCGUGGUACUUCGGCGCUAAAACGCCUACCCUGAAGCAUCAGAGACCUCAGCCCGAAAAACAGAAGCAGUUCAAUUCCAUCGACGAGUGGUACAAUCGCGGUGUGGACACGUCCCGUGUAGCAAACAAGUAUCGCAAGGGUGCCUGCGAGAAUUGCGGUGCGAUGACUCACAAGAGGAAAGAUUGCAUGGAGAGACCACGCAAGGUCGGAGCGAAGUACACGAAUUCCAAGAUAGCUCCGGACGAAUUCACACAGCCGGAUCUGUCGCUGGAUUAUGACGGCAAGAGAGACAGAUGGGCGGGUUAUGAUCCGGCUGAGCACAAAGAGAUAGUAGAGGAACAUCAGAAAAUAGAGGAGGCCAAGAGACAGAUGCGCGCUGAGAAACUCGCGACAGAGGAGGAGGAUGACGAACAAGACGACAACUCGGACAAGGAUGAGGACAAGUACGUUGACGAGGUUGACAUGCCUGGUACAAAAGUCGACUCCAAGCAACGUAUCACCGUGAGAAAUUUGCGUAUUCGAGAAGACACCGCGAAAUAUUUGCGCAAUCUAGAUCCAAAUUCGGCAUAUUAUGAUCCAAAGACUAGAAGUAUGCGAGACAAUCCGUAUGCUAAUAUGGACGCCGAAGUGGAUUACAAAGGUGAAAAUUUCAUGCGUUUUUCCGGCGACACGCAAAAACACGCGAACGUGCAGUUGUUCGCUUGGGAGGCACACGAGAAAGGAGUAGACGUUCAUCUGCUUGCCGAGCCCACGAAGCUGGAGUUGUUGAAGCAGGAAUACGAUAAGAAACGCGACGAACUGAAGGAUGAAGCGCGCGACAGCAUAAUCAAACGUUACGGAGGUGAGAAGCAUCUCGAGGCGCCACCAAAGACCCUUUUGUUGGCGCAAACCGAAGAUUAUGUGGAAUAUUCAAGAUAUGGCAAAAUAAUAAAAGGCCAAGAUAGACAGGUAAUACGAUCCAAGUACGAGGAGGAUGUCUAUCCGAACAAUCACACGUCGAUCUGGGGAUCUUAUUGGCAGGAUGGAAAAUGGGGCUAUCAUUGCUGCCGAUCCUUCAUAAAGAAUUCAUACUGUACCGGAGAACGGAAAUCCGAGAAGGAAACGACGGAUACGGCGAUCGAACAAGACAGCACGCCGCUCGAAUUAUUCGAAACGGAAGAAACAAACAGCGAUCGUUUUUCAAACAACGAGUCCUCGUCGGACGACGAAGGCGCAAAGAAUAAAACGGAAAAGCAAAGCAAAUCAGCAAAACGAAAAUUAAAGAAACAGAAACAGAGAGAGAAUCGAAGAAACAAGAAAAUGAAAAAUUCAGAUGACAAACUGAAAGAAGCAUUGAGAAAGGAGGACGAACACGCGAAGAAGACAGAUCAAUUCUUGCAAAUGGACGAGAGAAAACGCCCGUACAACAGCAUGUACGAAGCAAAACCACCGUCUGCUGAAGAAAUAGAAGCAUAUCAAAUGAAGCGCAAGCAUUACGAAGAUCCCAUGGCUCACUUUCUUUGAGUGCAACAUUUUAUUACGCACUUGUUUUUUAAUAUAUGAUCACACUACAUGCGUUUUCAACGUACAUUGUAUGUGUACACGUCUAAAUAUUUACAAUAGCAUAACCGUACGGGACAGAAGAGUUUUUUUUAGAAAAACGUGAUUAUAAUAACGAUCCAAUGGCUCGAGCGCCUUCCUUAAAUAAAAUAUUACUCAAUAUUUUAAUUUAUAUGUAAUUAUUUUUAUAACUAUAACAUAAUGAUAUGAUAAAAUACAUUGUACGUAUAUACAUGUAAAUAUAUGUAUAAAAACUAAAAACAGAAGUUGGUGUUUAAAAAGAGUUGCGCGCGUAAUCUGUAAUCUUACUUUUACGUGACAAAUAAAAUAAGAAAAUACACUGCA